UUUGACACGCCCGAGGAUUCAUCGACGCAAGGCGCCUUCAGCGAAGCGGGCAGCCUAGACACCGAGCCAGAGGACGAACAAGAACAGCACCAGUUGCAGCAACAGCAGACACAGCAGCAACAGCUAACAUCAGCAGCAACAGCAACAGCAACAGCAGCAGUCGUAGCUGACCCAGCACAGGAGCUAGAACAUUGUUUGAGUGCCAUCGAAGCAGAUCCGCUUCAAUUGCUGCAGUGCGACAGCUUCUAUAGUGCCACGCCAGCAACAGUUGCUGCCGCAGCACCAGCAACAGCUGCAGCCGGAGCAGCAGCAGCAACAGCAGCACACCWGAGCUGCACGGCUUUGAGCAAUGGUGGAGGUGCUCUGUACGCCAUCAGCAGUGUGCAUCAGUUUGGUCCCGCCAGCAACAGUUGCAGCUCGGCCGGGGCACAUUCCUCGCCAGACAGCGGACGCAGCAGCGGCUGCAGCUCCAGCUCCAGCUCGGCCAACGUCUCAUCCUCAUCCUCAUCCUCAUCGUCGGCAUCCAGUGGUGAGCUCUACAAUCGUUCAACCCUACUCAAUGCCAGCCAUCAGCAACAUCAGCAUCAGCAACAGCAGCAGCAGCAGCACCCACAGCUACAGCAGCAACACAACGGCCAUUCAGCAGCAACAUCCUCGCCAGCGAUCAGCUCCACGUCGGCAACUGUUGCGCAUUUGAGCAAAGGACACACAGGUAUGCCACAGCCAGACAGCCAGCAGCAGCACCAACAGCAACACUCGCAACAACAACAGCUGCAACAGCAGCACGCUCAGCAGCAGCAACAGCAAUUUGGCAUUGUUGACUCUAGCAACGGCAGCAGCAACAGCAAUCACAACAACAACAACAACAACGGCAACGGCGUCUCCUCAAAGUCGUUUGUGCCGUGCAAAGUUUGUGGCGACAAGGCUUCGGGCUAUCAUUACGGCGUAACCUCCUGCGAGGGUUGCAAGGGCUUCUUUCGGCGCAGCAUACAAAAGCAGAUUGAAUAUCGCUGCCUGAGGGACGGCAAGUGCCUCGUGAUCCGGCUCAAUCGCAAUCGCUGUCAGUACUGCCGCUUCAAGAAAUGCCUCUCGGCUGGC